GCCUUGCCCCUGCCAAAAAGUUUUGGCAGUGAGGAGAUUCCACAAGUUCAUACUUUACAGCCUUCCGCCCAUUCUUCGGGAAAACUCAAACGUUGAACAGUACCAGAUCCUGUCAAUGGCUGACCCCGACACAACAUCGGCUUUCGUGGCUUGGUUCAAAGAUCAUAAUGGAGCUCUUGACGCUUCGUCAAUGCAACUUUCCGAUAUUCCAGGACAUGGAAAAGGCGCACUCGCCGUCAGAGAUAUCCCGGAUGGACAUACCCUCUUCGAAAUCCCCCGCGACCUGACCUUGUCUACACGUACAUCCUCACUACCCGAAAGGUUUGGUAGGACAGCGUGGAAGAAUUAUGGCCUCGAUAAAGGCUGGGUGGGGCUAAUCCUUUGCAUGAUAUGGGAAGAAUCACUGGGCAACACCUCCAAAUGGUCUGGGUAUCUCAAUAUCCUACCAUCAACCUUUAUUACCCCAAUGUUUUGGACCGAUGAUGAUCUAAACGAACUCAAGGGAACUGCCGUGGUAGACAAAAUCGGUCGAGAGGAUGCUGAACGAGACUAUAAUGAAAAGUUGAUUCCUGCAAUCCAGAGUCGUCCAGAUCUUUUUCCUCCGAGCACGCACUCGACUUGCUUCUCCGUAGAGCGAUACCAUGUAAUGGGCAGUCGAAUCCUCUCCCGAAGCUUUCACGUUGAACCAUGGACGAACGAAGACCUAGAGGAGGACCACGACCAUGGCGAGGAAGACGGAAGCGAUGAUCAGGAAAAUCUUGAAGCAAAUGUCAGCCAGAGCAGCGCAAUGGAUGUCGACGAGCCAUCCGAGAACGCCGAACCUCCCCAAGAACAAACUCAGAAAAUGGACGAAGAUGGCGAGGACGAAGAGGACAUCGACAAUCCCGCCGACAUCGCUAUGGUUCCGAUGGCUGACAUGCUCAAUGCUCGUUUCGAAUCAGAAAAUGCGAAGCUAUUUUACGAGGAGAAUAUUCUUAGAAUGGUCACGACCAAACCGAUCAAACGCGGUGAACAGAUAUGGAACACUUAUGGCGAUCCACCGAACUCAUACCUUCUACGUCGCUACGGUCACGUUGACGUCGUUCCUUUACGUCCACCACUGAAAGGCGAAGGAAAUCCUGCAGACGUCGUUGAGAUUAGGGCCGACCUUGUAGUCGCUGCGGCAUCGCAUCGUUCCAAAGGGGACAUGCAAGAGCGCGUCGAUUGGUGGCUCGAGCUCGCAGAUGACGAUACGUUUGUCGUAGAGACCGAUUGCGAGGUUCCUAAAGAGCUCAUAUCGUUGAUCCAUCUGCUCCUGCUGUCUCGAGCGGAUUGGCAGAAGCUACAAGCAAAAGAGAAGCUACCUAAGGCCAAGUUGACGUCAGAUAUUAUACCCAUCGCUAUCGAAGUGUUCCGCAAACGAUUGGAAGAAUAUUCUACAUCUCUCAAGGAGGAUGAGAGGUUAUUAGAAGAUCCUGCAUUGUCUCUGAAUAAGCGCAAUGCGGUCAUUGUGAGGCUGGGAGAGAAACGGAUCUUGAAAUGCACUUUGGAACGGUUGCAAUCCUUGAAAACGACCGUCGGGAGAGGUAACACUAACAAGCGGAAGGACAUGCAACCCAGCGAAAAGUCAGGUCAGGGAAAGAAGGCUAGGCGAUGAUGUUGAAUUACACAAAGCGUGCAUCAUUACAGAUAAUCCGAGCUGGUAUAACGACAACACAUUGAACGAGGCUAGUGAACUAAGUGGACGAAAGGCGAGGCCAUGGCUGGCGGUGCCGCCGCAGUGACAGCGGAGAAUUCGUUUGCUUGACCAAUCAUAAGUAGACCAACUGACGCAGGACGUCAGCAAUUAUGGAAGUGCGCCGGACGGUAGAACGCUUACCAAUCAAUCCGAAGAGACCCAUGAUGCUGCCAAACACCUCAACAAUGAGAAUCUUGACGAAAAGGUUGGGAUCUGCAGCAUCUGCAAGUGCUGCGGUUGAGCCUGUGAUGCCUACGCAGAGACCGCAAAGGAGAUUGCAUGCUCCGACUGUCAGUCCUCCCCAGAAGAUUGCGAAGCCUGCAAUGAACGGUAAACAAAGGCGGGGUCUGAGGGCAUGUUCGAUUUACGAACCUGUAAAGUAGUUCUCUCUUGUAUAGAGGCUAGCUUCAGG